UCGGAACUAAUAAUAGAAUUAACUUAAUGACAGUUAAUCAUCAACAAACGCGCUUAAGUCGUAAUGAAUCAAAAGCUGUUAUAUCCAAGCAAAUGCCUAUCCAUCUAUAUAGAUCAGUGCAUUAAAAUAUGAAGAUCUUUUGCUUAGCUACAAAGGGUUAAGAAUAAUUUAUAUUUGAUUUAUAGUGCAAUAUGAGUGUGUUGCUUACGUACUUGUACCUUGUUCUGAAUCAGUUUCAUAACAUUCAGUGGACGAAGAUCGCCAUAACAAACGAACUGUUUUGAAUCUCACGGCAUUUAUUGAAUAACCAGAAGCUGUAUUAACACAGAGCUACCGCAUGUUCGCGAUAAAAUUCAUCACAAUGAUUUGCUUUUUAACGUUGUACAUAAUGUUACCCGCAGCGCUUGCACAAAUUGAUAAGAGACCUGUAGUCCACGUACCAAAAGAGUUUGGUGAUCACAUGGCUAGCACGACAUACAACUGUAUGUUACUUUUUCAAACCACAAGUGUUGCGAUAAAAAACAUCUACGAACUCAAGUUCCCGGAUGACGAAUUGACCAAACAGUUUCUGUUCUGCGUUUGUUACACGUUGUACCUGGCGCAUGAAGACGGCCACUUGACCGAAGUAAUGCUGGGCCUUUUCGACGGCUGUGAUCAAGAGGAGGAAGUUAGAAAAGUGUUCGAAUCGUGUAAUAAAAUUAGAACAAGAAAAUCAACUCAGACGCUGUAUGAAGUUGUCAAAUGUUUUCAUAAAAAUUCACCAGUUAUUUUAGGACCUCCUUUAAUACGAUAUUAAAAUAACAAAUUUUCA